UUACCCGUGCCAUCGCUAGAUGCCACCAGCAGUUCCGUUUCCGGAAUGCGCACGAAAAUAUAAACUGCGAAAGACCAAAUCAGAAUGAGGCCGUCAAAGUGUGCGCCACGUGUUUCGGAAGUGUUGCGCAAGAAGAGAGGGAAUAUGGCGAGAGAGGGAGAAAGAAAUGGCAUCGGUACUCGAAUUCCAUUCGUAGCAUUGGCCGUAAAUACCGAGUAUUAGUGAGUGCCGCGUCAACCAGCGGCGUAUACGUAUGGAGUAAAGACGGACAGUUUGAAAAAGGCUCGUUCGUGCAAUCAUGGACGAUCGCCGAAACAGCCGAGAAGUGAUCACCAUAUUGUUUCUAUGCCUGUUGUGGUAUGGAAUAUCUUCGAGCAGCAACGUGGUGGGCAAGAUGCUGCUCUCGGAGUUCCCUUAUCCGAUGACAGUAACUAUGGUUCAGUUAACCUCGAUCACCAUCUAUUCCGGCCCAUUUUUCAAUCUAUGGGGAGUGCGAAAAUAUGCGUCCAAUAUAUCCUGGGGAUAUUAUUUACGGCUGAUCGUGCCGCUCGCCCUGGGCAAAUUUUUGGCGAAUGUGUUCAGCCACGUCAGCAUUUGGAAAGUGCCUGUCUCGUAUGCUCAUACUGUGAAGGCUACAAUGCCCUUCUUUACGGUGUUGCUGUCAAGAAUCAUACUGAGAGAAAAGCAGACUUGGAAGGUGUAUCUUAGCCUGGUCCCAAUCGUCGUAGGUGUGGCUGUAGCCACAUUGACAGAACUUAGCUUCAACAUGAUCGGUUUACUGAGUGCCUUAGCAUCCACCAUGGCAUUCUCAUUGCAAAAUAUUUAUUCCAAGAAGGUGCUACACGACACAGGGAUACAUCACUUGAGGCUGCUACACAUUUUGGGUCGCUUAGCAUUGAUUCUCUUUUCACCUAUAUGGUUGAUAUAUGAUUUAAGACGGUUGAUGUACGACCCAACAACCCAUGGGUCAGCGUAUUUAAGUUAUUAUAUACUAGGUUUGUUAUUUUUGGACGGUGUAUUGAACUGGUUUCAAAAUAUCAUCGCGUUCUCGGUACUGUCCAUCGUUACACCUUUAACUUAUGCAGUAGCGAGUGCAAGCAAACGUAUAUUUGUAAUCGCGGUAACUUUGCUGGUACUUGGCAAUCCAGUGACCUGGGUGAACGUGUUUGGAAUGACGCUAGCUAUUAUCGGCGUAUUGUGCUAUAACAAAGCCAAGUAUGAUCAAAGAUUGGAGAAAGAGAGUCAAACAGCUCUUCCAAAGUAUUAUGACAAAAAUCGUAAUGGCGACACUAGUAGUUCCUUCAUGAUAAAUGGAUGGACUGGAAAUAAGCAACAUUUGUACGCGGUCUAGUCUGAAUUGUUAGACUUGUUUUUCAUUUGACAAGUUCGUAUGAGUUUUCUUUGCCAGAACAUGACGUUCCAGUCAUGGCAGUGUUAUUGGUUUAUUUAUAUUUAAAUAGAAGAGAGAAUUAGCGCGUUCAUUCGAACGUUGUAAUACAGAUCGAGACUCAUAUGAUGAUAAAAGUAUUUAUAUAUAUACACACACACACUCACACAGACAUGCAUACAUGUUUUAUUAACAUUAAAUAUGCUGCACAAACAUGUAAUUCGCUUAGUACUUGAUUUCGGUAUUUUAUCUUGUUUGAUGUUUUAACAUAGCUUACUUUAUAUUUUAACACGAAUAGACUUGCUGGCAAGAUAGGAUUGUAUAAUUCGCGAAAUCGUUAACGUUACAAGCUAAUUGCUGGGUCAGUUAGCGCCGAGAUCGAUAACAUUCCUGCACACAACAAAAGGUGGACAGAUCAAAAUUCAGUUUUAGUCGUCGCGUGUAUUCAUAUAUGGUUGUGCAUGCGAUAUUGAGCGGUAUUCAUACAUUAUCGAUUAUGUCUUAAAUGAUAAAUUUCUUUGAAUCGUUAGUACGUUGCCAUGAAAAGAAAACUCACGCUGGAGACGCGUGAAGCUCAAGUGACACGAUUCUAUUUCAUGAGCUCUUUAGGUUGUUAUCAGAGAAGCGUGAUAUUUUAAUCCUCUGUGAAGGUUCAUUUUAAUACGUUUAGCGAUUACGAUUGUCAAAACAACUUUUUAUUCCCAAUUGUCAGUUCUUUUAUGUUCUGUAUAUUCAUAGGCGUGUACAAAACGAACGAGAUUUUAAAACUUUAAAAUGUAAGAAUUAGUUUAAUUCAUGGAGGUUUAACGUAUCAUAUUAAUAUUUUACAGGCGUGUGCUCGGUUGUGGUGUGUGUGGACUGUAUGUAGGAGAAGAUGUUUUAGCUAAAAGCAAUCUAUACAUUUAUUUUUAUAAAUAAAAUACAGGUGUGUACAAAAAUA